AUGCGUAUGGCAGCCAAGGACAUUCUCAGUACACCGUACGCCUCAUUCCAUUUUAUUGUGUUUCUGUUGUUACUUUUGUUUAAACCAUGUCUCGUCAUUCUCGUUUUCUUCGGACAAAGACCGUUCGCUCCAAUCCGAGUUAUAAGCGCUAUCUUUCAUCGAAAGGCUCAAAAGUUGACGUGCCGCCAAUUGAUUAUAACAUUAAGCUUUUGGUUCUACACUAAUCGCCAUAGUUUGGAUUCGCAACAUGUUGAUCGCUUCUAUGAUGAAUAUGAAACAAUUGAUUUCACAAAGCGGAAAGAAAAGGAAUUUUAUGAUGAUAUUAGCCAAGAUCCAACUUAUUCCAAAUUCAAAGUACCAUUCCAGAUGAUAUGCCAAGAGCGUUACUCUGAUAGUAUUAAACGAUAUGAUCAACAGUUUUCCCAUGAGAUAAGGAACAUAAUCGAUAAUCAGUCAACGGCCAGAGAGGCAUGUUAUUUUGUGCGAACUGUCGCGUAUACGACUUUAUGGCCACCCUAUCAUAAUGAAAAGGAACUGGACCACUCAAGUCGCCUUUUCUAUGCACUGACUCCUGAAGAAAAAGCUCGCUUUCAAUACAUUAUGUCGAAUGAUUUCUCCUAUACGUAAACUUUCGAGAAUUCGUAAUAAAAUUCAAGUUAAAUAAUAGGUUUAAACAAGGAUAAAA